CACACCACAGUGUUUUUACUUUUUAAUUUCUAUGUGUAAACUUUUUGUAAUAAUUGUGGGUGUUGUGUGAAAUGUAAACAUGAUGUAAAUAUUACUGAAUUUCAUCUUAGAUUGUGUUGAAAAUUAUCUGGAAUCUGAUAAAAUACAUAGCUUAUUUAUAUUAAUAUGUGACGUCCGCGUACAUAAUGACAACAAUGUCUUCAAACAUCUAUGAAAAGACUCUUAAUAAAGAAGGCUCCAGGCCUUAUAAAUGUUGCGAAUACGCUAAUAAAGUUUCUCUGAAUCUUAAUCACUUCAGAAGGGAUGGUAGAUUUUGUGACAUAGAUCUCAUAUCAGGAAAAACCAAAGUGCGGGCGCACCGUGUAGUACUGGCUGCAAGCUGUGAAUAUUUUGAUGCAAUGUUCAAUGUGGGUCUAGAAGAGAGUCAGAAAGGUAGGGUAGUGUUACCUAGUGUACCUCCUGGCAUUCUUCCUAUGAUAAUUGACUUUAUUUAUACUGGAGAAAUUGAGAUUGAUAAAGCCACAGUCCAGCAUUUAAUGAUAGCUGCUGAUAUGUUUCAACUUCACGAACUGGUCAUUGGUUGUGGCGAAUUUUUGAAAAGAGAAUUGCAUCCUUCUAAUGCACUGGGCAUAUUAAGAUUUGCCGAAAAUCACAAUUGUACUGAGCUUGCUGAAGAGGCACUGGCGCAUGCUCAGGCUGACUGGAAUUUGGUUGCAAAUGGUGAAGAAUUGUUAGAGUUGCCUUUGCAGCAAUUGUUGACUUUGUUGUCUUCGGAGCAACUUAAAGUGGACAAUGAGGCACAGGUAUUAUAUCCAGCUUUAAAAUGGCUUGAACAUGACCCGUCAACAAGAAGACGCCAUUGUUUUGAAGUUCUGAGUCAUGUGCGGUUACCACUUAUUUCACCACAAGUAUUGGAUGAUGCCAUAAAAACUGUACAAGAUCCUUCUAUAGCAGUGGCUUUGAAAACAGUUAGAGUUGACAUGAAGUCUGGGCGCGGCGCGCUGGUGGCGCUGUCGGCGGAGCCGCGGGCGCGCGCGCGGCGCUGCCUGGUGGUGGCGGGCGGCUCGUGCCACGACGCCGCGCCGCACCCGCCGCACGCCACUGACAACAUCCUGUCUUCCGCACUUAAAUUCGAUUUGCACAAACGUGAGUGGGAGGAGCUUGCGCCUAUGGGUAUAGCGCGCAUUCAACCAGGAGUUGCGAUGUUGAGUGGGAGGGUGUACGCGGUGGGCGGGGAACAAGGCAGUCAAAUAUUGGCUAACGGCGAAGUGUAUGAUCCACAGACAGACAAAUGGUCGAACAUAGCGCCAAUGAAAGAGGCGAGGUGCGAGUUCGGUCUGACCGCGUGGAACGGUCACCUGUACGCGUUCGGCGGCUGGGUGGGCUCCGACAUGGGCGCGUCCGUCGAGGUGUACGACCCCACGUCCGACGAGUGGACGCUCACCGGGGAGAUGCCCGAGCCGCGCUUCGGGAUGGGCGUCGUUCAGUUUGAUGGUCUGAUAUACGUGGUGGGCGGCUGCACGCACACGUGGCGGCACACGCGCGACCUGCUGGUGUACUCGCCGGCGGCGCGCAAGUGGCACGCGCUGGCGCCCAUGCGGCACGCGCGCAGCCAGGCCGCCGCCGUGGUGCUGGGCGCGCACCUCUAUGUCAUCGGCGGGAACGCGCCGCGCCGCACCGUGCUCGCCUCCGUCGAGCGGUACAGCUUCGAUCAUGACUCGUGGGAGGAGGUGGCGAGCCUGAAGGAGGCGCGCGCGGGGUGCGCGGCAGGCGCGGCCGACGACGUGCUGCUGGCGGCGGGCGGCGACAGCGAAUGCGUGGGCGAGCGCGCCUUCUACCGCGCGCGCACCACGCUCGCCUCCGUCGAGAUGUACGACCCGGCGCGCGACGCGUGGCUGCCGGCGCCGCCGCUGCCGCAGUCGCGCGCCGAGGCGGGCGCCGCGCUGCUCUGACGAACCGAGCCGUGUGUCUGCGCACGAGGCCCGUCCGGACGGCUGCCGAGCUGCGCACGAGGCCCGUACGGACGGCUGCCGAGCUGCACCCGAGGCCCGUCCGGACAGCUGCCGAGCUGCGCACGAGGCCCGUCCGGACAAACCAGCUGCGUCGAUCCAAACCAGUGGAACGCGUGCAAAAGGUUCAAGUCGACGUUAGACAUAGACUAACCAUGCAGAGUUUGCACGACUUGAAAUGUACGUAAGUACGUACGAAAUCUAACAUAAUAUUUCUCUCUCCGGCACCCGCACGGUGAAUUCAUGGAAUGCUAUGAUACUUCGUCCCGUAAUAUACUCACAAUUAUACGCCCACUUUAAUAUGACGCGAGUAUAUUAAAGUGGGCGGAUAAUUGUGUCUCUGAGUAUAGUUAAAGUGAAAUAUUUGGCUACAGUUUCCCUGAUUAAUUUAAUUAAUCCCUAAAUGGUGACAUGCUAUUAUAGUUUCAAAUAUCUUUCUAUAAACAACAAAAAUAUAGUAUAGCGGUAGUAGUGAAAAAAUGAGAGUACAAUCUCUUAGAAAUAUAGAUUAAUAAGUUAAAAUUUCACAGUGGCCAACUUUAUUUUUUAAAAUACACAGAUCAGAGCUUGAUUGAAAUUACAACUGAUGUAACAUAUAGGUUGCAGGGAUGUAAAGGGUUGUUUGUUAGAUGUCCGUUUACUUAACUUUUAAAUCAUUACAGUAUGACCAUACAUUAAAUCAUAAAAUAUUUACUUUUUACCUAUUUCAUAAUAUUAGAUGUGAAUAAAAAGUAUAGGUACAUAUAAUUAUUUCGACAUAUUCAGUUUAGUCUAUACUAAAGCCAAAUUUGAUGUGAUAUAUUCAUCAACAAACAAAUUGAAAAUUAAUGUAAAAAACAGAUGCUCUUACGGCUCAUACUUGGUGGAGGUACUGAACAACGUGCAAGGUAUACUCUAUGUUCAUCUGCCACGCUCAAGUAACUGCAAAAAUCCCCUCUUCGGCUCUCCUACUACUAUAUUUGUCUCAAAAAAUUCAUGGUUCUUGCGGUAUUAGUAAAAAACAGAAUUCGCCGGCCCCCGCAAGUAUAUAUUUUAAAAUUAUAUGUAUUGUUUUAAUUAAACGUUAUCCAAAAGAUUUUAACUAUAUCUUAUUGUUUAUUAAUCAAAUUUAAUGUCAUAAUUUAGGAACAAUUAGUUAAUUAAAAUAAUUAGGUGUGACUUUAUUUGAUUUCAGUAAAUUCAUUUUUCAUUUUGUUUGUCGAUAAAUGUUUCUCAUUGAGUUAGGCUUUAGUAUAGCUUAUCCACUGCCGUGAGAUUAAAGCAUAGCCUAUUUACAUGAAGUCGAUAUUAUCACUUAAAUCAAUAAUACUACUAAUACUUGUUUGUGGAGCAGUGGCGUAGUGUGCUUUGGAAGGGAACUGUAUCAAUUAGUUGGGGGGCCUGAUAUGAAGGGUAAUCAUUUCUUUAAAAGGAAAGAUAUUUGAGGAACCUAUGAACAUAAGCAAUUCAUAGGUACUUCAAACCAAAGGAGAUAGUGGAUUACAUUUUACGAAUUUUAGCUUUCACAUGUAAGGGGCCCUGUAGUUCGAGGGCCCCGUAUCAUAUAUACUGCGGUAGCUACUCGCCUGUCAUGAAGGUGACGGCGCGGCGCAGACCAUUCCAGGGCAAAGUAGUUUUGGUGUAUGGUUAUUAUUUAGUUUAUCAAUAUAAUAUUAGCAAUUAUCAUAAUAAUCUUAUGAAUAAAAAUAAUUUAAUAUAUAAUAAUGUACAAAUUUUAUAGGUAACUCAAUAAAAAAAUAAUUUUAAUAUAAUUGUAACGAUUUUACCUAUAUCAUCAAAAGAAUACGGAACUUUCUUUUUCUUUCCGUUUCCCGUUUUUAUCACAGUACUUGUUUUACGUUUAUAAUGUUAAAUACCCCGCAUCUAUCUAUAUCUAGUACUUAUAAUAAAACUGACAGGUCAAAUUCUGUACAUUGAAGAUACUUAUUUUGAAAAUUUUUGUUGAAGGGCCUUAAAAUAUAUAGUCCAGGAUCCGUGGAUCAUUUUUAAAAUUGAUUACUAUAAAGUUAUUUUUGUGAGAGUUGAGCUACCGUGAGUAGCUUCAUCUUGAUGAGACGCUCAACUUUUUUAUUUACAAAAAUUCUUGAUUCUGGUAGCUAACUGGGUUACCAGGAAAUAAAAAUUUCUGAGCAUCGGAACGAGAUAAUGUACCACGUAGGGCAUUGUGGCUGUUAAGUAGUAUAACUAUUAAUUAAGCAACAGUAAAAAAACAGCUGGUUACUAUCCAAAAUAUUAAUAAAAGUAAUGUUAUUUGAGAUUUUUCAAAAUUCUACCCCUAAAAGGGUUAAUGUUUUUUUAGUAUAAAUCGUUCAUGUUUUAAGUUAUAUUUUUGUAAUUAGUGAACUUUUUCACGCGAAAAUAUAAAUAAAAUAGAGGAUAAAUAGGGAUUGAAAGUUUAUAUCGAUUUCGGACGAAGUCGCGUACGUCCGCUAGUAAUAAUAUACAUUUCACCGCUAUGAGAUUGCAAAACGCCGGACUGUGCAGCUAUUAUAACCCGGCUGAGAUAUGUUUUCGUCUACGCGCAACCUUACGGCUCGUGUUCAGAUCGGAAUCGAAAUUUGGCGCAUACUACCUCAUUCUCAGACGAAUUAUAUAAGGACCUGCCUCGCUAAACGUUACCCCUCUGUCAAAGUAUAAUAUCAACGAUCUAACGCGUUUAUAAAAACCAUUGUUGUAAUCGUUUUCGUAGUGUAAAGAGCUCCCAAAAAAUGCCGGUUUGUGUGAUUGAAUGGCAUGAAAAACGGUCAACCACUUUUAGUUUAAUACCAGAACUUUGAAUAAGUAAUGAAUACUGUGUGUAACAAUUAUCUUUGUCAAAGUUAUGUUAGUGUGUGUAAAAAUUACACGUGUGUAUAGUGUAAGGACACAAAAUAUGUUCAUUCGUGUUUGUGAGUUUACCUUGUCGCCCUCAAAAACAGACAAUUUUGUUUAAGAAUUUGGGUGCGAACUCCGAUAGUCCUUACGUAAUUAGUCUGAGACCUCAUUUACACCUUUGACUCUUUUUGUAGAAUCUUUUAGAAAAUACAAAUUCUUGAAAGAAAUAACAUGAGUGGGUUUGGGUUAACACUGGCUUUAGCCAGUGGUAAGAUGGCACACUGAAAUCAAGGUGUGUUUCGGUCAGGAAUGUCAGAACACUUUUAGAAGCAGACUACAUAAAAAAGUUUUUUAUGAAAAUCUGAUGUUUGUGACCUUGUUGUAUUGUAAGGGUUUUUCAGAUAGCGUGGGUACAGAGACAGUCGCCUGUAUGACGUUCAUAAUACGUACUAUUGAAUCGCGGUAAACUUUCAAGAGUGAAAUGAACUGUCACCCGCACCAUCCUACAAGAAACGAAUUGUAUAAUGUUCAAAUAUACACAUUAAUGAUAUUGCAUAAUAUAGUAAGUCAUUAAUUAUUACUAGAUAUUAUUAUCAUACCUCGAUAACAUCUCUGUAAAAAAUGGACUUUUCAAGAUGUUUAACUAAAGUGUUUAAGUAUAUGUAUUUUGUAUGUAGGAUACACUUCAUCUUCCUUUAAAAAUACUGCUUAACUGACCAAGUUUUUGUAUUGUUAUUAUCUAAGUAAUUACAGAAUUAUAAGUAUAGAGAAAGUUAAAUGUAUUAAUAUAAUAUAUGAGUAUUAUAAUAAUAUAAUAUAAUAUUUACAAAGAUC